AUGGCAAGAGGACCAAAGCACCACUUAAAGAGAUUAUCUGCUCCAAAGCACUGGAUGUUGGACAAGUUGUCUGGUGUUUACGCACCAAGACCAUCCACUGGUCCACACAAGUUAAGAGAAUCUUUACCAUUGAUUGUUUUCUUAAGAAACAGAUUAAAGUAUGCUCUUAACGGUAGAGAAGUCAAUGCUAUCUUGAUGCAAAGACACGUCAAGGUUGAUGGUAAGGUCAGAACCGACACCACCUACCCAGCAGGUUUCAUGGAUGUCAUCACUUUAGAUGCAACCAACGAACACUUCAGAUUAAUCUAUGACAUCAAGGGUAGAUUCGCAAUCCACAGAAUCACCCCAGAAGAAGCUGCAUACAAGUUAUGUAAGGUCAAGAAGGUCCAAUUAGGUAAGAAGGGUAUUCCUUAUGUUGUUACCCACGAUGGUAGAACCAUCAGAUACCCAGACCCAGCUAUUAAGGUUGGUGACUCUGUCAAGGUUGAAUUAGAAACAGGUAAGAUCUCUGAUAUUAUCUCUUUUGAAACCGGUAAGUUAGCUAUGGUUACUGGUGGUAGAUCCUUAGGUAGAGUUGGUGUUAUUACCCACAGGGAAAGACACGAAGGUGGUUUCGAUUUAGUCCACUUAAAGGAUGCUUUAGACAACACUUUCAUCACCAGAUUAUCUAACGUUUUCAUCAUUGGUAACGAAGCUAACAAGCCAUAUGUUUCUUUACCAAAGGGUAAGGGUAUCAAACUUUCUAUUGCUGAAGAAAGAGACAGAAGAAGAGCUCAACAAGGUUUAUAA